GUAAGAGUGAUAAUUUGUGUAAAUAUGAUAAUUUAAGGGUUAUGUGUAUGUUAUUUUUUAAAAAAGAAAAGAGAAGUCAAAACUAUUUAGCGUAGGGAAAAAAAUAAAGGUUGAUAUAACGCUGUGUGGGUUUAAUUAGUGAACACGGCAGCUGAAAUUCCCAUCUUUUUUCUGCUGUCUCUCAUCUGUUUCUGAUUUAAGAUCUGCUAUCUGUAACAAUGUCAUCUUCAUAUCUACCUGCAACCACAGAUUCAUUAGCUCAGGCUUCUGAGGCUACAACCCCAUCUGAGGCGAUCUCCAUUCUCUACCGCAUCCUUGAGAACCCUUCAUCAUCUUCCGAGGCCUUAAGAAUCAAAGAGCAGGCAAUCUUCAAUCUCUCUGACCUCCUAAGUCAAGAGAAGAGGGCCGAGGAUCUCCAAAAGCUUCUCGUUCAGUUGCGUCCCUUCUUCUCUUUAAUACCCAAGGCAAAAACGGCCAAAAUUGUUAAUAAAGGAAUUGUUGAUGCAGUGGCUAAAAUACCGGGUACAUCUGACCUUCAGAUUACACUUUGCAAAGACAUAGUGCAGUGGGCCCGUUCGGAGAAACGAACUUUCCUUCGUCAGCGGGUUGAGGCAAAACUUGCAGCUCUUUUGAUGGAAAGCAAAGAGUAUUCUGAAGCAUUGACACUCCUUUCAGGACUGAUCAAGGAGGUGAGAAGAUUGGAUGACAAGCUGCUUCUUGUGGAGAUCGACUUGCUGGAGAGCCAGCUCCAUUUUUCUUUGAGAAAUCUUCCCAAAGCCAAGGCUGCGCUUACAGCUGCUCGAACAGCAGCCAAUGCUAUUUAUGUCCCUCCAGCUCAGCAAGGUGCCAUUGAUUUGCAAAGUGGAAUACUUCAUGCAGAAGAGAAAGAUUAUAAAACUGCUUACAGCUAUUUCUAUGAGGCUUUUGAAGCAUUUAAUGCCCUUGAGAAUCCCCAGGCCUUAUACAGCCUCAAGUAUAUGUUGCUCUGCAAAAUCAUGGUCAGCCAGGCUGAUGAUGUUGCAGGAAUAAUAUCAACAAAGGUUGGAUUGAAUUACCAGGGACCAGAAGUUGAUGCAAUGAAAGCUGUCGCCGAUGCUCACUCCAAGCGAUCUUUGAAGCUCUUUGAGAUUGCUCUUCGCAACUUUAAGGCUCAGCUGGAUGAAGAUCCUAUCGUCCAUCGGCACCUCUCUUCACUCUAUGACACUUUAAUGGAGCAGAAUCUUUGCAGGUUGAUCGAGCCUUUCUCAAGAGUCGAGAUUGCUCAUAUUGCUGAAUUGAUCGAGUUGCCUGCUGACCAUGUUGAGAAGAAGUUAUCUCAAAUGAUCUUAGAUAAGAAGUUUGCUGGGACUCUGGACCAGGGUGCUGGAUGCCUUGUAAUUUUUGAGGACCCUAAGCAAGACGCAAUUUACCCGGCUACAUUGGAAACCAUUUCAAAUAUGGGGAAGGUUGUUGACAGUCUGUUUGUAAGAUCCUCAAAGAUAGUGGCUUGAAUUCAGAUCCUUCUUCUAUGACUUGUAUUUCCUGAGCUGCAGGCACCAUCUGCUUUAAGCUUCAGCGCGUUUUGUUGUGUUUUAUGCUUCAUUUCUAAAUACGUUUUGAACUUAGUAUUAAACCUUACAUGGCUGAAGUUAACUAAGGAGCAAGUUCAACUAAAUUCCUUAGAUGUUUUACAACUAUCAUCGGUUCUAUGAGCUGUUUGAACUAGUCAGUUAUAAGCUUUAUUUCUUA